ACUCCCCACUUCUCUAGUAAUCAAGCUCACUCUUUUGUUACAAUUUCUCAUAGGUAUCAUGGGUGUCUUCACUUACACUGAUGAAUAUACUUCCUCAGUACCUCCUGCAAGGCUUUUCAAGGCUUUGAUUGUUGACUCUCACAACCUUAUCCCAAAACUUAUGCCACUUGCUGUAAAGAGCAUUGAUAUCAUUGAAGGUGAUGGAGGGGCCGGGAGCAUCAGGCAGAUCAACUUCGGCGAAGGUAGCCAAGUAAAGAGUAUGAAGAACAGAAUUGAUGAGCUAGACCUAGAGAAUUUUUCAUACAAAUAUAGUUUGAUCGAAGGCGACGGACUAAUGAAUAAGCUUGGCAAGAUUACUUAUGAUGUCAAGUUUGAGCCAACACGAGAUGGUGGUAGCAAAAGCAAGAUGUCAAGCACUUACUAUACUAAGGGUGACAUUGUGCUGACUGAAGAUGAAAUUAAGGAAGGCAAGGAAAAGGCCUUGGGAAUGUACAAAAUUGUAGAGGCCUACCUCCUGCAAAACCCAGACGCAUAUGUUUAAAUGUUUUCUUUUCCUUAUCCCUUGUGCUGUAGUCCUGUCACUUUUGCUCUGGCCUGGCUAUGGUAGCCUUUGCCUAUUUAAUAAGGAUGUUAACCCUCUUGUGAUUGUGGGUUGACUGCAAUGUUUAUGGUGUUCUGUUGUUUCAGCUUGAAUACAAAGGCCAUUGAAAGAAGUU